AGACCCUUGGCGUGAUUGGCUGGAAGUGCAGCGAUUUUUUCGCUUAAGCAACAAGUUUUUCUCAUAUACCAAAAGAUAAAACAAUUGUAUAUAUCGUCUGACAUCACAAAUAUAUUAUCAUUCAUCCAUUUAAUGUUUGAUAAUUCGUUAUCGGAGAUAAACCGUGUAACAGCAUACACAGAUCAAGUGGACAACGACUAGUUUAUCGUCACUUUUUCGCUUAUAGUUUGGACAGCAGCAUGAUGGCUUUCUAUCCGGGUGUGUCCAAAGGUCCUACCACCUACUAUCACCACACAACCGUAGACGGUGCUAAGGCUAUAAGACAGGACGGUGUCAUCCGUCGGUCAACUGAGAGCGGAGGUGACGCAAAAUUUGGAAGCGGCACCUACUUAACUCUACUUGGGCCCCAAUAUCCAGCUAUAGUGAUUGCAAACAAUAACUGGGAUGGUUUAUCGCUUACUCAAAUUGCAGGGCGAACUGAUGCCGUGAUCGAAAUAGAAAUGCCAGCACAAGAGGCUGACAAAGUGGAAAAACUACAGAGUUCUCGAGACCUCCAUCUAUAUCCGGGGGACCUCAUAUUGAAGAACAAAAAUUACACUAUCUACAUCAGGGACGAGAAUGGCACGGCACUGGUAUACACUCAAGUAUCAGCUCGAUGAUCUGGACUUUUUUGGUUUAAUGACGGACGAUGAAAUACUAGUCAAAAAGCUAUUGAUUAAUGCACAACGUUAUGCACAAUAUGCAGAGUAUUACAUUAUAGACUCAUUGAUAAGUAAAUGUAAUUUAGGAGAGAUUAUUAUCUAGUUUAAGUUUUUGUUAUUAGAAGUCAAGUUUGUUGCAACCAUUUCGGAUUGAUCGUAGCCAUCUCCGAACGGUGAAUCUUUGUUACCACCUUUUUAAUAUUCGGGAUGCUACUAUGUUUGUGUACGUGUCAAAAGUCGUUUCCCCAUCAGCUACUGCAGUUGACUUAAUACCAUCAUAUUAUAGUUGGAUCAAGUAUAUUAUGUUUCGAGGGAUACAACGCUGAAUUAAAACUGUCGCUAUUUUCUUUUUUAUCUACGGUCGUGUUUCGGUCGUUCCUUCUUCACGAACUAAUCACCUGCCAUCAUUCUGAUUCUGUGAAUGGACUUAUUCUGGCUAAUCUAUUAUGAAGAAAUUGCUGCGUAUUCUCCAAUUUAAAUGCUACAUGAUUACAGACCCUUAGAAUGAAAUUGUGACUGUCAAAUCUUUUUUUUAUUUUCAAAUUUGAUAAUCUUGAUCAACAAAACAACAGAACAAAUUAUUAUAUAUUGUUUUCUUGUAUGUCUUCGGUUUUUAUACCAGGAUGGUCAACAUACAUUAAUCCUGACAGGUAAAUCGACAGUUUUAUGCAUAGAGAAAAGAUUCAUGAAAUAACUACAAUGAACAACACAAUUAUAUCUAUACACUUCACGAAGACGAAAAAACCCUUCAGAUGUUUUAGGUCUUGUUGCUAGACAGGCAGAUUUCAAUGUAGACUACAAACAGCAAUGUAUGCUGAUCGAUGGUUAAGAAACAUUUCAAAAUUAGAAUUUGCGACAUGACAAAAAAAAACAUUAAUAAGGAAUAUUUAUUGUACGGUGAUUGAUUGAAGACAUCUGAA